UUAUUCGUGCCACAAGCACAGGCUGCUUUAGACGGCUACUGCACUAGCACGGAUUGCUGCGGGUAAAUCCGAUGAACAGGGCCAAGGGAUUGUGACGUAAAGGGUUUAAACCUGCGGGGAGCGUCGCGCUGGCUCUCUCCUGCAGAGACAAGCAUGACUACAGAUACAGCCUACCGUGGAGUAGGCUGCAUCAAGGACAGACCUGCAAGAAUGGCCGCUUGUUUGGAGAUAUUUGAUGAUGACAAGGGCCAUGAACUGAGUCUUUUCUGUGUACCAAAACAUUACGAAGAAGAUUUAGAUAGUGUUAUAAUUCCCAAUGGUCUUAUAAAGGACCGGACAGAGCGGCUGGCCAGAGAUAUUGUUGGUGAUAUGGGAGGACACCAUAUUGUGGCACUGUGUGUGCUGAAAGGAGGGUAUAAAUUCUUCGCAGACCUGAUGGAUUACAUUAAGGCACUCAAUCAGAACAGCGAUAAGUCUGUGCCAUUGACUGUGGAUUUCAUUAGGCUAAAGAGCUACGCAAAUGAUCAGUCAACAAACUGUGUAAAAGUUAUUGGAGGAGAUGAAUUGUCUGCUCUUACUGGGAAGAAUGUUCUUAUUGUUGAGGAUAUUGUAGAGACAGGAAAGACUAUGGAAACACUGCUGGCAUUAUUACAUGACUGUAACCCCAAAAUGGUCAAAGUGGCCAGCCUACUUGUGAAAAGAACACCAAGAAGCUCGGGAUACCGGCCUGACUAUAUUGGUUUUGAGGUUCCAGAUAAAUACCUGGUGGGAUAUGCUCUAGACUACAACGAAUAUUUCCGGGAUCUAAGUCACAUCUGUGUACUAAGUGACAAAGCAAAAGAAAAGUACAAAGUAUGAAAAGAAAAUCUGAAGUGUUGGAUGCAUGAAGACUGAGACCACUGUGAACCUUCUGGCUGGCUUUGGUUGUUUUUACACAUUCUGCAUUUCUACGUUUCACAAAUUAAACAGUAUGGCUUGUAAAUGGGCUUUGGUCACACAUGGUUGCAGGUGUGAAAUGUUAUGAUUCAUCAUUAAAAUGGGUAGGUUUAGAUUUUUAGUUGCUUAUAAAUAUUAUAGGAAGUAUUGUUUUACAUGUGUAUAUUUUGAGUUAUUUCUACUGAUCCCUUAGAUUAAUCUUUGUUCCAGGUUUCACUUUUUGAAUUCUGUGGCAGUGCCUCAGGAAAAAUAAGAUAUUAUUUAUGUUAGCAAGAGAAUGCAUAACUGUAUAUGUUCCAGCUAAUGCUUUAAAAAGUAUGGUGUGUUUUAUUUAUAUACAGAGAAACAGAAUGUAAAAUUGUAAAAGGUGAUGUUUUGCCUUCCUGGUUUACUACAAUAAAAUAAUAUGAAUGUA